CAUCAUCGACCUUGGCUAGCUCAGGAUUGCAGGGAUGGCGUGGAGGUCAGCGAUUCUUAAUCUGCUAAGAAACUUGGGUUUAUCGAUCAAUGGCAAGGAUAAAAUCAAACCACAGGAAGUGUCACGGGCGGUUGGCGCUUUGAAGAAUGAGAGUCCACAGUCCAGGACGUUCGUCCGCGGGAUGCAAACUGUUACAUUAAUCCCUGGUGAUGGAAUUGGUCCAGAGAUCUCCGUGGCUGUUAUGAAGAUAUUUGAAGCAGCUAAAGCACCUAUCCAAUGGGAAGAGAGAAAUGUUACAGCCAUUCAAGGGCCUGGUGGCAAGUGGAUGAUUCCCCCAGAUGCCAAAGAAUCAAUGGACAAGAACAAAAUUGGCCUUAAAGGUCCUUUGAAGACACCAAUCGCUGCGGGCCAUCCCUCCAUGAACCUGCUGCUGAGGAAAACCUUUGACCUCUAUGCUAAUGUGCGCCCCUGUGUGUCCAUAGAGGGCUACAAAACGCCCUACACUGAUGUGAACCUGGUUACCAUCAGGGAGAACACAGAGGGGGAAUACAGUGGGAUUGAACAUGUGAUUGUUGACGGAGUUGUUCAGAGUAUUAAGCUCAUUACAGAGCAAGCCAGCAAACGCAUUGCGGAGUACGCUUUUGAAUAUGCGAGGAAUAAUCAGAGGGCCAGUGUCACCGCUGUUCACAAGGCAAAUAUCAUGCGCAUGUCGGAUGGACUUUUCCUGCGAACAUGCAGAGAAGCCGCUGAAAAGCACAAAGAUGUGAAAUUCACAGAGAUGUACUUGGAUACUGUGUGCCUUAAUAUGGUGCAGGAUCCCACACAGUUUGAUGUACUGGUGAUGCCAAAUUUGUAUGGUGACAUCUUGAGUGAUCUUUGUGCUGGAUUAAUUGGAGGUCUUGGAGUCACUCCUAGUGGAAACAUUGGCGCCAAUGGCGUGGCCAUAUUUGAGUCGGUUCAUGGAACUGCCCCAGAUAUAGCAGGUAAAGACAUGGCCAACCCCACCGCCCUGCUGCUCAGUGCGGUCAUGAUGCUCCGCCACAUGGGUCUGCAUGGCUACGCCAAGAAGAUUGAAACCGCCUGUUUCGACACCAUUCGAGACAAAAAGGUUCUUACCAAAGACCUGGGAGGGAACUCAAAGUGCUCUGAAUUCACAGAAGCCAUAUGUCAAAGAGUGCGGGAUCUAGAAUAAAAGGAUGCGAGCGAGGAUAGGAGAUAAUUGUUAGUUUGGGUCACUUCAUCGUGACAUGCCGUAUCUGCACAUUUUAAUCAAGAUGGUAACAGAAAACAAAAGUCUCUGGAGAUCCUGAAUGAUCUCCCUCUCUCUCUCUGCACACUUCAAAGUACAGUCUUAAAAAAAACUUUCGACCCACAACUUUCAGUAUAUGUGAUAUGCAUGUGUGAUGUUUAAUGUGUGGUAAAUAUCGUCUAUUUAUUGGAUGGAUUUGAUCAUUGAUGUAUUUGACACAAUCACUUGAGAAGCAAUCAUUUGUCAACAAGUCAAUAAAGUGUCAUAUUUCUGGAUGUACUUCAUAUGUCUGUGGCUUUAAAACUACAGAUUUAAACUAAAUCAAACUUCUGUGACGUAAAACCUUCAGAUGUUUUGAGAUAUGUCUUCUUUAACAGUAACCAGUUUUUAUUUCUGCAGAUAUCAUGAAUGUAUGAAGGAAAUAUGUAUGAUGUUGACAUUAGAAAAGACAGAAUGUAUUCGGUGUUAUUCAGAUCAUCCGUAUGGGUGCUAUAAGUACUCUCAGCUGCUAUGUCUGUUUGCUGUAAAUUUUGCGUCCAUAUUUUUAUUGAGUUGUUAUCCAAAAUGGUAUCAAACAUUUGCACAAAAUGUCUGAUGUGCAUUUUCUGCCAUGGAAGUUAGCUGGUAGGAUGUUGGUGGUGGGAUGGAUGUUGAAUGGCUAAAUACAAACAUUUCAGUCUAUGGAAAGUUGCAUUAAAACAAAAUGACAUAACAUCCUUAUACAAAGAACAGAAAGUAUUAUUCACUAUUGAAAACAUUAUUAAAUUAAAUAUUAUUUAAAAAA